AUGGAGGAGGAAGACCAAUGGCGGCGGCAGCGGCGGCGAAAGAUCGUCAAGGACCUGGAGUGGGUCCUCAACAGUCCGCAUAUACUAUCGUCACGCUUCCAAGUUCUUCCUACGCACAUAUCACAGACCAUCUUGGCACUUGAGUCGACGCAAGCAUGGCUUGACGAGCUCAACGAGAACCCGAUGCCACUGUACACGUUUCUCGCGGCGAAGAGGCGAGAUAGAGCAUCGUUAGCACUGGGGGUGUACUUUGCGUCGCUCUUGGAGUUUUGGCUCCGGCACUGUCCAUCAUGGACCGUAGAGCACCUCGUGGUGGGCCAGCAGCUUGUCACGGUCAAGGCGUCACGAACCGUUGGUCAGCUCAAGUUUGUCUUUCGCAUGUUUCUUCCGUCAUCGUCGUCGGAAUUUGUCGACAUGCACUGGGAAGCAUCGAUCAAGUUCUUUUUGCUCACGACCAUAUCACCACCGUCACCGUCCGGUGACUCGCCGAUCAAGCUCGAGCACUUUGUGGGGCCCCAUCUCGGUGAAAACCUGGCGUGGAGGGCGUCAGAGGUCUCACGAAAGCUCGAUAUGUGCCGCUUGGACGUCGUGCGCGCGUGGUUGGCAUCUCAUUUUGCAUCGCCAGCUGCAACGUUGUCGUCCCCGCUGAAUGAUGCCGCUGCCAUCGACAAAUCGCAUCACGUGCAGUCGUACAUGCUGCUACGGGGGUACUUGUUUUACCCGCUGGCACACUUACCGUCCACGACGGGCUGUCGGUCCGUCAUCCACGUCAGUUCCGACAUCGAACCGGCGCAUCUUCGUGGGUGGUGGACAGUCGAUUUUGCGUCAGAGCUCGUCCGCGCGGCGCCGGCGGAUGCACGAUGGGCUAUUCUGCCCAAGGUUCACUGGUUGAGUCCUGUCAUUGCCCGACUGUCUCUGGGACGAACUGACGAGGACGAGAAUGCGUGGGCUAUUGAGGGAGAUGCUGAACUCGGGCUCGACCCUAUUCCACUCAUGGACCGUGCAGCGCUCUUUCACGUGUGUACUGGCCAUUUUAAACACAGUCCGACGGCCAUGCCGCUUCUCGUGGCCGAGUUGCGCCUUGUUCAGAACGGUGCUGACGAGCGCGACAACGGUACAAAUCCACCAACGUCCGCUUCCCCUCGCCGCUUGUACGCCGAGGUCAGUCGAGGUUUUGUCAUGAAUCCAGACACGUGGAAGCCGCAGCCGUUGACGCAAGAUGCGCUUCGAUUUCGACGAAACAAGCCGCCAAACCCGCCGCAAGUUGAAAAGACAUCCUUGUUCAACGGCGCACUCUUCGAGUCCAUGCCGUGGCCGCACCACCAUUGCGAGCGCGAGUAUGAGCCGCCGCGGCCAAGUCUGGACGAAAUCACGAUGCACGUGGCCGUCCGUAUGCACCAUAACGACGACGAAUCAACUGCACCCGCGAAUGCCGUCGACGAGCCCACCUUGACAGCGCUCUUGCGGCGCGCGCAGGCCACUCCAGAGGCCAACGUGGAAGACCAUGUGCCGACUGCGACGACGUUGGUGCAGCAAGUGAACGUGCUCCUGCGGCACAAACUUGCGUCGGCUGGCCAGUUCAUUCCGUCGCAUGGAGCUAUCAAGGGAGCGAUACACAGUGUUCUUAGGGCUCGAGACAAGUGCUUCAUCGGCGAUUGCACUGCCGCCGUCGUCGAGUAUGGAACGACAGGUGGGGCGUCCGACAGCAAUACCAAGGACAUGUUGCGAGUUGGCCACUUAAUUCUGGAUGCUGCGCCAAACGCCACCAAGGACAACGAGACAGCGCCAACCCGCUUGGCGAAUCGACUUGCCUCCAUCUUCCACGAUGCGUUGUCGGACUCGGCCAAGUGGUGGAGCGUGCGCUUUCUCGUCAAGGCCAAACAAACUUUGCUCAACGAAGUACGUGCAAGUGCUAUGGAAUCAGCACUCGAGCGAAAUGGAGAUGGUGGGGCCAUGGAAGAUGUGAUGACUCGCAUGCUCGAGCCAGACCACCGCGGAAAAUGGCACAUGACGGUCGUUGACUUGUGUGCUGCGUAUGGCUUGCCCAGAGCGGAGGCCACGGCAUCCACGAUGCUGACGAAGCUGCUGGAUGCGAAUGACCCUGUGGCGGCGGAAGCGUUUGUGUUGUCGCAGCAACGAUGCACGUCUCGAACGCAUCGCCUGACGCAAGCGUUUAUGCGCCACUCAAACACUCGUACAAAAGCUGCCAAGCGCCUUGCUGCCCUCUUCCAUUCCAUCCUUCCCAGCCACACACCUCACGCGGCGAACCAACGUCCCAUCGUCAACCAGGACCAUCAAUUGACCUUGGUCCAAGACGUCCUGGCCACUCGUUUGAGUGUGCACUUGGUGGAAACCCCCGACGACGUCACGUCCAUGAUGCACUGGAUGGACGAGGCUCUGAUGGAUCCAAACCAUUCACCCAACGAACAACCGACCAAAGUCGUGAUCGUCGGACUCGACUGCGAGUGGCGGCCGCGAGCAUUCUCCACCAAGAGGGACACGACGCUGGACGACGAUACACCAGACUUGGAACAAAUCCAGGUCAUCCAGGUCGCGUUUCCACAUGGCCACGUGUAUGUGCUCGACUGCAUGGCGCCGUCCGUGAUCGACGUGGUGGUGCCUCUGUUUCGUCACUUGAGUCGGCCGUGGGUCGUCGUGACGGGGUUUUGCGUGUCGGGGGACCUCGAUCGCCUCGUGGCUUCGCAUCCUGGAUUGACGGACGUGGUGCAUUCGCCCGACUUUACGUGCGUGGAGCUCCGACGGGUGGCGGUGGCUCGCGCCAAGCCCAACGACGUGCCCACUGUCCAACGGAUGGGUCUCGCCGGCCUCGCGGCGUCCUAUUUGAACCUGCGCAUUCCCAAAGACCAGCAAACGUCAGAUUGGGCGGUCCGGCCGCUCUCAGCCGACCAAAUCGAGUAUGCUGCGAUGGACGCGCAUUGCGUGCGGCUGUUGCUGCUCUACUUCACGGCUGGCCUGGAUGGACCGGAUCCAGUCCAAGAGCCUUGGACCAUAUCCUCCUCUUUGUGGACGGCAUGGCGCGUUCACCUUCAAGCGUAUUUGGGCGAAGCAGACGUCGUUGCUGCUGUGGCGUCGUUGGGGCUAUCAGGGACAUUCCACACUCUCCCGACCCAGCCUCACUGCGCAGUCGACAGGGAGGGCCACACAGUCAUCAAGACUGUGGCAUGGGUCGUCCAGCAUGCACAGCACCACCAUGCGUCCGCAGCGGCUUGUGGACGGUCGCCGGUCCAGUUCUUGGCUGUGAUGGUGGACCUGGCCAAAACGAUCGACGAGAACAAGUUGCACUCGUUUGUCCUGUCCAAGCUCGGCCUCUCGUCGUGCGCGAUAUCCCUCGCCUCGGAACGCGUACGCUUGCUCAACUGACCCUUUCUCACGCGCGAUGUGCUGUAGGACCUCGUGCAUGUGUUUGGGUACGGCCGCGGGGCCAUCGGUCCCGUUGGCCUUCGACGUCCAUCCCUCGUCCACAUCGUCAUGGAUGCGUCCCUGGUGCAUGACGAUGCCAUCUACUGCGGCGCCGGCGCUCUUCACCGCGUCGUCGCGCUGUCCCCGUUGCACCUAUUGCAAUGUCCUCACUUGAACAUCUCCACGUACGACGUGGCAGCGUAGAAUCCAAGGACACAUGUGCAAUCUUCAACUCGUUCCAUGCGAUUAUUCAAGCAGUUCUCCAAAGUAAAUGUUCUUGUCGCUGCC